AUGGAAGGUUCAUCGAGGAGAAACGCCGGGGAAGAAGAGACGCCUAGGAAAGGAGGACCUACGAUACAAAUAACAAAAGAUGAAUUGCAAAGAAUGAUAGAAGAAGCGAGUCGGAAUGCUAUUGUAGAAUAUGAGAGAAGAACUGCGACCCCAGUAGUCAAAGAAACUGCUAGGAGGCAACUAUUCAAAAAUACUGAGCCCCGUAGAGAGUCGAGGGAGCAUAGUGAGCAGGAACGCCGGAGUAAACGACCGGCUUCAUCGGAAGCUGGAUCCAACAGUCAUAUUCGAACAAAGAGAAGAGAACCUGUGAUAUCGCGGGCAGAGGUCGAGAGCGUGGGAAGACAGAUAGAGAGCUUGAACAAACAAAUCGAUGAGUUGAAGAAACGAGGAGAGAUAGUCUCACACAACAAGAAUUCCCCUUUCAAUAAUGACAUUUUGGUUCAAACAGUCGAACCGGGUUUUAGAGUACCUGAUUUGCAGAGGUACGACGGAAUGAAGGAUUCGCAGGAGCAUGUGCCUGCAUUUGAAAUGGUGAUAAACUUAUACAGACAACCGGGUCCUAUCAUGGCAAAAUUGUUCGCAACUAUGCUCACGGGAAAGGCACAAGAAUGGUUCACAAAUUUGCCCCGGGGAAGCAUUGAAUCUUACGAACAGCUGAGGGAAGAGGAGACCUUGAAGAACUUCUUGGGGAGGUUCAAUAAUGAGACGUUGGAGGUGCAAGAAUUGAGGAUUGACAUGAUCUUAAGUAUUUCGAGUCACGGGUUGAGGAAAGGUCCCUUCACAUCUGCGCUCGCUCGCGACCCUCCGAGGGAUGUUGAGCAGUUAAUGGCUUUAGCUCAGAAGUGCAUAGAGGAGGAAGAGGUGAACGCGAUGAAGGAUUCUGAACGAAGAGAGCGCGAACACACAUUUCAUCGCGAGAGGGGGCACAACACGGAGGAAUGUUUCCAACUUACGAACGAGAUUGAGAGGUUGGUUAGACAGGGAUACUUCCAGGAUCGGGUUCCCCCAAACUGCAAGAUUAGUAAGGAGACGAUGAGGAGUAGGUCGAGAAGCCGGGAUCGAAAUCCUGGCCCUUCAAAAACGGAAAAAGCCCCACCCAGCGGGAACAAUGAACCAACCAAAGGGGUGAUCUACACCAUUGCAGGGAGCUCGAGUUCGGGUGAUUCGAGCAGGACCAGGAAGAGAUGUUCUAGAACCAUGAGCUCGGGCAGAGGAAGAGAGUUCGUGCCAAAAGUUGAAGAGGAAGAAGCCAUUUCCUUUGAUAGCUCAGACAAGCCAGAAGAAAGCGGAGAUAUGAAUGAUCCAAUGUUCAUCCGGUUGGACAUAACAAAUUUCACUGUUCACAAGGUGUGGGUAGACAGUGGCAGUUCCGCGGACAUCAUCUUCAAAAGCGUGGUUGACAAGAUAGGUCUAGAGAAUGCUCGGUUGGAACCGGUGAAGACUCCGCUGGUCAGUUUUGGGGGGAGCGAAGUAGCCUCUUUGGGAACGAUCGAGCUACCCGUGUCCAUGGGAGAUGAGCCUAAGAGAAAAACAUUGAUGGUUAAAUUUCUGGUAGUAGAUACUUCGUUCGCUUACAACGUUAUCCUGGGUAGACCAAGGCUGAAUUCAUUCCGAGCAGUCAUUUCCACUUAUCACAUGAAGAUGAAGUUCCCCAUAGAGUACGGGAUUGGAGAGGUGUCAUGCGACCGAAAGGAGGCUAAAAAAUGCUACAAGUUAUCACUAAAAGGGGAGUCCGAACAGAAGAAAAGGAAGAUCAAGGAAGAUGCUGAACAUCGACCCUAUGAGCCAGAACACUUGAAGCCCAGCGAUGAAUAUAAGGUUGUGCAGCUCGUGCCUGAAGAACCCGACAAAACUACCAGAAUUGGGGCGAACAUGGAUAGAGAGAUGACCAUGAUAGAUUUUUUGAGAAAGAACAUGGACUUGUUCGCUUGGAAUCCUUCGAAUUUUACAGGGAUCGACCCAGAGGUCAUUGUGCAUCGUUUGAACGUCGACCUGGGGGCCCGACCUGUACAGCAGAAGAAGAGGUCGUUUGGGAACGAUAAGAAGGAAAUCAUCAGAUAG